AUGAAGAGCAGCUCAUUAGUAUUAUUUGUUUGUGCUGGUCUACUGCUUAGUGGCGGUGCUAUUCUCGGCGGUUCAGCGACGUGGAGUCUCAUGCGUAUCUCUUACUACUUCUGGACCACUGAUCUUGGAGUCGAGUUGGGCUCCAGUGUACUGUUUAUCGCCGGAGCUCUGUUAUGUCUUCCCACGUGUUGGCUGUGCACGCUCGUGCCGUACCAUCCUAGGUCCAUUUCGCUUUUGGCAAGCUUGAUGAUACUCGUGACGUCGGGUCUGAUGUUGCUGUCCAUAGGGAUUUCUUCUAUCAUGGGUCUAUCCCGUGCUGUUAGAGAGCAGCACACCUUAAACACUACAAUGUUGAGGACAAUGGCGUUUGAACCAGUUGACAUAGCUGUUAAAAGUGCGUUUGCUUCGAUGCAAUUAGAGUUAAAAUGCUGCGGUGUCAAUUCUCAUGCUGACUGGUAUCUUCAUCGCAAUACACUGCCCCUCGCAUGCUGUGGGCGUGUUGGGAUAGGAAAGAACACCGAUCAUUGUGAAAUACCAUUAUACAAUCGUGGAUGUUUAAGACCAGCGCGGGCUGAACUCCGCAUGUACGCCAACUCUCUCGCCGUGCUAGCUUGCGCGAUUAUUUUGGUUAAGGCGGUAGCGUUGUUCGCGACUGUGUAUACUAUGGUUACGGGUGUAACGGAGCGAAGCGUGGGUGUUAAGCAGCAGCCGCUUCGCAUCGCCUACCUCCCAGCCCCCCCGAUAGUACCACUCGCCCCACCAGCCCCUUAA